GGACAGGCUACAAUAAUCUGAAGCACUUAGAACAUGAGUGUCGCAGUGAUUCAGGAUAAGAAAUAAACACGCUUUUGAAGAUGAAUUUAUGAUGUACUUCCUCGUUAUAUACAUUUUGCCAAUUCUGAACACGGAAUAUAAGCCUAGUGCUGCUACUCAAGUUACUGGCCUUUAUUUCUUGCUGACACUUCACUUUUGUGAACAUCAGUUAAUAAUUACAUUUUAGCUUUCCUUUACAAAACGAUACAAUUUCAGUGUGAAUUUCAAGGUUUUAUUCCCUUAAAAAACAUUUGACUGUAGUUUUGAAAAACAUGUAGACAUUUAAUUGGCAACAUAUGUAAACUACACUGAAUUGGUGAAAUCCAACAAUCCCACUGCAAACACUAUUUUAAAUAUUGUAAGAGAGCAGUUCUAUGCAUGUUUAUGCAUUUGCUUUAAUAAAAUAGUUUUCUGCCCUCAGAUUCAACUGGAAAAAAAGGUUAUGAUCCCGGACAGAUGUAAUAAGAUUACAGAGAUUAAAAACUUGGAAAAAGUCUAACAAGGUGCCAGGGUGUCGUUUAGAGAGAAGGAGCGCUCGACGAGAAUAUAAAGUUAACGAUUUUCAUUAUACACAUAUACAGAAAUAAGUACCUCGGGCAGGUAGGCAGACAGGCAGAUAAAUUAAACCACAGUAAAACAUAGACGAACUGAAUAAUAGAACUAAAACCACAGGAAUUAAAUACACAACGUAAAUACUUAAUAAUCGAGACACAGCUGAACACGGUAAAACAUUAACUAAAAGUAGGUCACACAGGGCACAUGGCACACGACAAAAACAACAACACAGAGUCCAGAGCACCAAUGAGAGAAAUAAAGCAAUUAAAGUUGAGCUGUUCACUGAUUUGAUACGCUCAAUUGAGAGUUGCUAGAGGUGAUGGAGCAGAAGCAGAAAGCAGCAGAAACACAGGCUGAAGAGCUGAUUAAAGAGCUUGAGCAGGAAAUGACUGAGCUCAAGAGGAGAGACACUGAGCUGGAGCAGCCCUCACACGCUGAAGAUCACCUGCACCUCCUACAGGUCUACUCAUCUGUGUGCAGCCCCCCAGAAGUCAAGAGCUGGAUGAACAUCAACAUUAACACCGAUCUACUCACAUUCACUCUCACUCAACACACACAUUCUGGAAAAAGCCAUUACUUGCCUCAAGGAAAACGUCAACAAGCAACUAAAAAAUAUCCAUGAUAUUUGUAAGCAUUAGAAGUGAAUGUAUAUAUGAAGCGUACAUAUCUAGGUAAAAAUGGGCAGGUUUAUUUAGAGCAUUGUAUACAAAACAGUGAUAUAAAAGGACAGUUCACUCAGAACAAAAUCUCUUUCAUUAUAUGCUGACCUUCACAUUGCUCUAAAACUACAUUAAUUACUUAACACAACUAUAUUUUAAAGAAAAUUGUUAAGCAGACAGUUGCUGGUAGUCAUUGAUAUUCGUAGGCUUGGCAUGCAAAAUCCACUCGCCAAUUCUCAUUGGCCCUUUCUACUAAGCUCAGAGGUGAUGUUUUUCAGUAUAUAAAAGUACUGAAGUACAUUAAAAAGUACUACAUAAAAGUAAAUCGAGUUUAAAUGUCAGUUCCUGUAGGGAUGAAAGUAACACUUGUUACUUUUGUCCCGUCGCUAAUGUAUUGUUCGGCCUCUUGAAAUAAUGUUUUAUAAAAUAAAAAAUAUAUUUAAAAAAUAUAUUCCAAAAUAAGUAGAAGAAAAAGUAGUUUUAUAUAGCAGGGGUGAAAUUUGGGAUAGUGGCUACAAGGUACACAGCUUAGUUUAUGUUGGACUUUUUAUUUCCUGUUAAUCGGUAAGCCAAUAGCAUACAGUAUAUGCUUUUAUGUAGAACAGGCAGCUUUCGCAACCAAGUGUAAAGACCUUUGAACAUGCCAAUUUCUCCAACCUGCAGCUAUCCCUGAAAAAACAUAUACACAAUGAACUCACAAUCAUUUUCCACUGACAAUAUGUCAGCAAUCUACUGCUUCAUUUACGAAUAGUCUACCUUUAAAGCAAAAAUAUGGGCAAUUUUAUCCCGGCAUUCUGUAACAGUUUGCCACAGUGAUUUAUAAUAGCCUAGCAAACCUUUCCAAGAGUUUACAUAACUUAGUUAAAGGUAUAUUGACAUUUGAGCUAGUAGCCUAUGAAGUAAUGUUUACAGAGGAUUUAGCCCACACCCUUAAAAUAAAGUGAAAGUGAAACAACAUCACCUCAACUAUCUUUGCCGAACAGGUUCUACAGUCUUUGGCUUUGAAAACACAGACAAUCAGUUGUGCUAUUGUCUACUGAAAGUAAAAGACAACACUAAUAGACAGGUGAGAGAAAAGCUUUUUCAAUUGACAAGGUGAGUGCUACUACAGUGUCUAUAAUUGCAUUUAUGUUAUGUGUUUGUAGAUACACAAAUUUUACUUAAUUCAUUUAAACUUCUGGACAGUAUGCAAUACAGUAACACAUUAUUAAAUGAUAAAAUACAGUAAAAGCGAAAAGCUGAAAUGAAUUGGAAAAACCAAUAGGAGAAUGUAUUUGAAAAGAAAACGAUACCAUUUAAAAUGCAGCACACAUCAUAUGACUUGCAAAUCCAUUUACAGCCUCGUGUUGUCACUUUUUCUUCACUAACAGCCUUGACGAGCCACUUCAGUGCGCACUGACCUAGUCGUCACUUCAUGUACACGGCUUCUGUAGUGCCUGUACCGAAAUGUUCCAUCUUUUCAAGACAACUUUAGAUCCACAAGAGAAAAUAAAUGCAGCUUCAUUAGAGGUGACUGAUCGCAUGAAGACGCAUGAAAGCCAAAACAGACCUAAUGUUCUGUGUGACGCCUGCCAUGGAAAUCAAAAACUCAGCGCGGUAAAGUCAUGCUUGCAAUGUGUAACAUCCUUCUGCGAGACUCACUUGGAAAAUCACAAAACAGCAGCAAGGCUCAUAAAGCACAAACUGAUAAACCCAGUGGAAAACCUAGAAGAUUAUAUCUGCGGGAAACAUGAAAAACCACUGGAGUUUUUCUGCCGAGAUGACCAGACUUUUCUCUGUCCCAUCUGCAUUGAAAUAGGACACAAAGCUCACAAUAUUGUCCCUAUAGAAGAAGAAAGUGGAGGCCGGAGGACUCAGCUGGAAAAGACACAAGCAGAAGCCAAGAUGAUGAUCCAGGACAGAACAAAGAAAAUCGAGGAGAUAAAAAGCUCUGUAAAAACCAGCAAGAACAACAGCGUUAAAAUUCUCACUGCUUUGAUCCACUGCAUCGAGAGAUGUCAGUCUGAGCUGCUGGAGAUGAUGGAACAAGGGCAGAAAACAGAAGAGAAGCAGGCCGAAGAACUUACUAAAGAGCUGGAGCAGGAAAUCACUGAACUAGAGAGGAGACGCUCUGAGCUGAAGCAGCUCUCGCACACUGAAGAUCACCUGCACCUCCUACAGACUUGCUCGUCUGUGAUAAGCCUUCCACAAUUCAAGUCCUGGACCAGCAACAUUACUGAUAUGAACACAGAUCUGAACACAGAAACCUUGGACAAAGCUCUCCAGAGCCUUCAGGAAAACAUCAAAACGGAACUGAAGAAGUUCUUUGAAAUAACCCACUGUCCACACAAACCUUCAGUUGUUCAAGAGUCUCCUGCAUCAGAUUCUGUUCCCUCUCAGGCUCCACUGGUGUCUGAAAGUUCCUCAGUAGAGGAGAACAAAGGUGAUUCUGCUACCUUGAGCCAAAAGCUGGGCACUCGGACAGAAGUUUCAAAUGCUACAACAAGCAAUGUUCAGACAGAAGACACAAUCUGCUUCAAGAAGAGCAGCACCUCAUCACCAAAAACAGUGAAAAAGAUGAAUAAAAAAGGCUUCGGCACAGCAGAUCUGAGUACGAUACAGAAACUUUAUACAGUGGAUGUGAUUUUAGAUCCUAACACAGCUCAUCCUAAACUCAUCCUGUCUAAGGACGGAAAACAAGUGAAACAUUGCGGAUCCUGGAGAGAUGUUCCCAAUAACCCUGAGAGAUUUGACUCCUCUGCCUGUGUCCUGGGAAAGGAUGGGUUUUCCUGUGGGAAAUUUUAUUACGAGGUUGAAGUCGGUGACAAAAUUGAAUGGGAUUUAGGCGUCGCUAAAGAGUCCAUUAAGAGAAAAGGGAAAGUGACAGUGUGCCCAGAGAAUGGCUUUUGGUGUGUUUGGCUAAGAAAUGGGAGUGAAUACGUGGCCAAUGAAUCUCGUCCUGUUCCUCUUUCUCUGAAACACAAGCCGCAAAAGGUGGGGGUGUUCGUGGAUUACGAGGAGGGUCUGGUCAACUUCUAUAAUGUUGGGACCAAGACUUUUAUCUACUCUUUCGCUGGUCAGUCUUUCACAGAGAAAAUCUAUCCAUUUUUCAGCCCUUGUAGCAAAAGAAGAGAUGAGAACACAAAGCCUCUGAUUAUAUCUACUGCUGCAAUGUAAUUAUUAAACAAUCAAUAUUCCUUUUAAAACUAUUAACGCAACAAAUAAAUGCCAGGGCUUACACUUCGCACAACAUUUGUUUGCUCGGGAAGAUUUGAAUGUUGUAUGAAUUAGGCUCACUAGGUACUUGUUGUGGACACAUGAUAACUAUUAGUUGCAUGUUGCACUUUUACACUUUUUAUGAAAUAUUGCACUAUUCUAAUAAGGUAAUUGCUGUGGUAUAGUUACUUUUACUUUAUUUUUUUUAUCUUUGGAAAAACGUGACUGCGAAACGAAUAAAUAUAAAGGUGGUGGAUGCUUUGGUUCUAUCGCUUAGAGCAGGGCAUCCUUCAUGACGGAA